CCAAAAAGGGGAAAUUUCCUACAUCACACAACCAGAUGCUACCAGUGACCGCCAUGGCAGCAACAAAGAAGCUCUCAUCUCUUUUUCCUUUGCUCUCUCUCCUCUGCUUCAUCUCCAUCUUCUUCCUCCUCUCCCUCUCCAGAAGAGCAUCCAUUUCCUCACCUCCAAAACAAUCCCGAGUCUUCCAAAUUGCUAGCAACGGUAGCUAUGGUGUUAACAAUGUUGGCCCAUGCUCUGGAUGCGACUACUCGGACGGGUCGUGGAUCUACGACCCAGAUGCUAGACUUGAGAGGUACGAUAGCAGCUGCAAGGAGAUAUUCAAAGGAUGGAACUGUGGAUUGAACAACAAAUCCAACGCUAAAGAGAUCAUCAAGUGGCGCUGGAUCCCCAGAAACUGCCCCCUUCCGCAAUUGGAUCCGCUCAAGUUUCUGGAGACCUAUAGAGAUACUAACAUGGGUAUUCUCUCACCUGGGCCUUGUUUAGUUUCUGGGAAAAUUGGGAAAGCAGGGAGUUUCUCUAAAUUUCAGCAAUUGAAGUGACACACUUGUUCUUUUUGAUGUAUCCUGCUCUUUGUAGACGUUACGAAUGUUUAGCAGUGCAGGGUUCAUUGACGAUUCCUUGAAUGGGAAUAUGUUUGUUUCUUUAUUCUGCACUCUGAAACGGGUGUCGAGUGAAGUGAAGAAAUGGCGUCCUGCUGGGGCUGAUCGGGGGUUUACGUUUCUUCAGCAUAAUCUCACCAUUGCAUAUCAUCGAACCAAUCUUUUGGUCCGUUACGGUGGUCAGCUAGUGAUAAUGGUGGAGAGUUAGAAACUCUUUGUUACAUCCGGGUACAGGUGGUUUGCUCCUUCAAAAUUUGAUCCUGUGAAGUCCCCCAUGCUUUUCUUUGACAAUAAUCUCCUGGUGAUCCCUCCUAUCCUCCUGAUGUUGGUCUGGUGAAGGCUUUGAAGAACAUGAUACUGGUUGUGGAUAGAGGCUCAAGAUCAGGGACAAUUAAAUUUUUUCGCACGCAAUCACCAAGGCAUUUUGAAGGAGGUGACUGGAACCAAGGUGGUUCUUGCCAACAGUUACAACCUAUGUUGCCAGAGCAAGUUGAAGAACUCUUCUCAUUAAAUAAUACGGGACAAAUGUGGACGCACGCAUGGUGAAUCAACACCUAUACAAGGCCCUUGAGGAGUCUAAUUUCCAUGUUUUAGACAUCGCUUGCAUGAGUUCAGAGCAGAUGCCCAUCCGGCCACUGCUGGUGGAAAGAAACACGACGAUUGCAUGCACUGGUGCCUACCAGGAAUUAAAGAUACUUGGAAUGACUUGUUUGUAACCCAUUUGAAUGAUCUCAAGAUUAGAAAUUGAUACACCACUAAUGAUAUCCUUCAUGAAAUUGUAUUC